GCCAGAUAUACAGGACUGCCACAGAAGAGGUAACCCUGCAGUACAGCAGCAUUGCAACUUCAAGACUUCACAGAAGGACAGAUCUGAAAACUAAACUCUGCUUUACCCACGCUGAACACACAUUCACUCAUUCAGCAGUGACUCCAGAGCUCUUCGCUAAUUCCAGAGUAUCCACCUGUGCACUGCAAACCCUCCCGAAGGAAAGCGGUUUUGCCAUGGAGACACCCGCCCAGAAACGUGCCACCCGCAGCGGCAACACGCCGCUCUCCCCCAACCGCAUCACGCGCCUCCAGGAGAAGGAGGACCUGAGCAACCUCAACGACCGGCUGGCCGUCUACAUCGACAAGGUGCGCUCGCUGGAGGUGGAGAAUGCCGGGCUCCGUCUGCGCAUCACCGAGUCGGAGACGGAGAUCAGCCGCGAGCUGUCGGGCAUGAAGGCCGCCUACGAGACCGAGCUGGCCGACGCCCGCAAGACCCUGGAUUCGGUGGCCAAGGAGCGAGCCCGGCUGCAGCUGGAGCUGGGGAAGGUCCGCGAGGAGUACAAGGAGCUCAAGGCCAGAAACACUAAGAAGGAGGCGGACCUGGCCGGAGCCCUGGCUCGGCUGAAGGACCUGGAGGCCCUCCUCAACUCCAAGGAUGCUUCCCUGACCACGGCGCUGGGGGAGAAGCGCAGCCUGGAGGGGGAAGUGCGCGACCUGAAGGCCCAGCUGGCCAAGCUGGAGGGCGGCCUGGCCGAUGCCAAGAAACAGCUGCAGGAUGAGAUGCUGAGGCGGGUGGAUGCUGAGAACCGCAUCCAGACCCUGAAGGAGGAACUGGAUUUCCAGAAGAACAUCUAUGCUGAGGAGCUGCGGGAGACCAAGAGACGCCAUGAGUCCCGCAUUCUGGAGGUGGACAACGGCCGGCAGCAGGAGUUUGAGAGCAAGCUGGCGGAGGCACUGAUGGAGAUGCGGGCGCAGCAUGAGGAGCAGAUUAAAAUCUACAAGGAUGAAAUCGGGAAGACCUACACGUCCAAGCUGGAGAAUGCACGUCAGUCCGCCGAGAGGAACAGCCACCUGGUGGGCGCAGCCCACGAGGAGCUGCAGCAGACCCGCGUGCGUCUGGAGAGCAUGUCUGCCCAGCUGAGUCAGCUGCAGAAACAGCUGGCGGCGCGUGACGCAAAGGUCCGGGAGCUGGAGGAGGCUCUGUCCCGGGAGAGGGACACCACCCGCCGGCUCCUGGCGGACAAGGAGAGGGAGAUGGCCGAGAUGAGGCAGCGCAUGCAGCAGCAGCUGGAUGAGUACCAGGAGCUGCUGGACAUCAAGCUGGCCCUGGAUAUGGAGAUCUGCGCCUACAGGAAGCUACUGGAGGGAGAGGAGGAGAGGCUGCGCCUGUCCCCCAGCCCCCCGCCGACGCGUGUCACCAUGAGCCGCUCGUCCGGUUCUGGCACUCACACCCGCGUGGUCAACUCCAGCGGCCACAGCUCCUCCGCCAAGAAACGCCGCCUCAACGACACGGACAGCGAGGCCUCCAGCACAGCAGGGGGCACUGUGGCGCGCACCCGCAUCACUCAGCAGGCCACCGCCAGCGGCCGUGUCACUGUGGACGAGGUGGACCUGGACGGGAAGUUUGUACGGCUCAGCAACAAGGCUGACCAGGACCAGCUCCUAGGUAGCUGGCAGCUGAAGAGACAGGUGGGCUCUCAGGCUCCCAUCGUCUUCAAAUUCCCCCCAAAGUUCACCCUGAAGGCCGGACAGAGUGUCACAAUUUGGGCAGCCGGGGCCGGUGGCACCCACAACCCACCCUCUGACCUGGUUUGGAAGGGCCAGAACUCCUGGGGCUGUGGGGACAUGUUCCAGACCACCCUGAUCAGCGCCAAUGGAGAGGAGAUGGCAAUGAGGAAGGUUACGCGCGUGCUGUUCCAGGAUGAUGAUGAUGAUGAUAUGGCAGCGCACAGCACUUGCGGUGACAGUGAGUACAACCUGCGCAGCCGCACAGUGAUCUGUGGGUCCUGUGGCCAGCCUUCCGAGAAGACAGGAGGCUGCUCGAUGUCUGCCAGCUCGGGAGUGUCCAGCGCCUCCGUGUCACGCUCCUUCCGCAGCACUGGCGGGGGAAUCCCAGAGGGGCUGAUCUCCCACUCCUACGUGGUGGGCAACAACAUGCGCCGGCAGGCUGGCCCCAGAGCAGAAAACUGCUCCAUCAUGUGAACAGGGGAGCAAUCUGACCAGGAAGAGAAACAUUUCACAUCCUGGAAUCCUGAAGAAGACAGGAAUUGGCCUUUUUUUUUUUUUUUUUUUUUUUUU